CCAACUAUAUCAGCAUGUAAUUUCAAAAUAAAAAUUAAGUUGAUGGAUUUGAUAGGUUAGGUUGCCAUUGUGUUCUAUUGUCAUGUUUUGUUACCCACGUGAUGAUUUUCGGAAUACGUAAAUUGAAUUUCGAACAUUUCGUUAACUAUCCAAUCUUGAUCACAGGUCAGACCGAGAUUCAGAUUUUGCAGAUCUCAAAUAGUAACAAAGAAGACACAAAAGAAUUUAUCAUGACAAGUUUUCAACGCGUUUGCAGAUUAUUUUCUGCUAGAAGAGCAAUGAAUAUUUUGCAGUCCAAGGUUAGAAUGCGAUACAUAUCAAUGGAAAGGAAAAAUCUUGACAUAAUUUUCUUCGUCAACAGCUUUAAUAGCUUGAGUCAACGAGCGUGUUUGGAACUUGAAAACCGGGGACAUCGAGUCAACGUAAGUCAAGUUAACAAAUCAGAAGACAUGAUUUCUUUCGCCCGACAAAAUACUCAUGAUCUAAUCAUUUGUCCAUUUCUAACUAAACGAGUACCAGAGCAGAUCUGGUCUAAGAAGAGCAUUCCUUGUCUGAUUGUACAUCCUGGUAUAGUAGGUGAUCGAGGCAUGCAUUCAUUGGAUUGGACAAUCAAGAAUCAAUUAGACGAAUGGGGUGUUACAGUAAUUCAGGCAGUCGAAGAAAUGGACUGUGGGGAUAUUUAUGCAACAACAAACUUUGAAAUAAGGAGAAGUAAUGUCAAUACUCUCACAAAGUCAAGUUUGUACGCCAAUGAAGUCGUGACUGCAGCUAUGUCAUCAAUCAUAAAUGCAGUAGAUAAUUACAGAAAGGGGAUAAAGCCAUUGCCUCUUGAUUAUACUGAUACAAACGUUCGGGGCACGCUACAGCCAAAUAUGAUGAAAUGUGAUCGCGAAGUAAAUUGGAACGAUUCUGUUAAGGAUAUAUCUCGUGUAAUUCGGAUGUCAGAUUCGCAGCCAGGUGCCUUUGCGGAGCUUCGUUUCCGUAAAAACACAGGAAAGGUAGUGAAUGAAAGGUAUAACGUGUAUGGUGCACAUAUAGAAAUGGACCAAUCAAAUUUGCCAAAAGGUGCAGUCGGGGAUGUGAUUGGACACAGAGAUGAGGCAAUUUUAGUUAAGUGUGAGAAGGGUCACGUGUGGGUGUCACACUUAAAAAAGAACAAACUAAAACUACCAGCCACCUUAUGGUUGCCUGACGUUAUACAGACCACGCCAUUCAUACCGUUGUCAUCUCGAUCAUAUGAUUAUGGUAAAUGUCCAAAUACGUUUCAAGAAAUAUGGACAUCUACAACUAAAAGUGGGAUUUGUUUUUUAAAUUUUAAUUUCUACAAUGGUGCAAUGUCGACAGAUCAGUGCAAGAGACUAGCGUCAGUACUUGAUAGUAUUGCAAAUGAUCAAAAUAUUAUGACCCUAGUCCUCAUGGGUGGUCACAAUUACUUCAGCAACGGGAUUCAUCUUAAUGUUAUUGAACAUGCUGAUGAUCCAUUCAAUGAAUCAUGGGAGAAUAUCAAUGCUAUCAAUGAUGUGGUCCAAAAGAUAUUUGAAAUGCCUCAGCUAACUAUAUCGGCGUUACAAGGAAAUGCGGGAGCUGGCGGGUGUAUGAUGGCUUUAGCAAGCGAUCAUGUUUGGUGUAGGGAGGGUGUUGUUGUUAACCCGCAUUAUAAGUCCAUGCAUUUAUUUGGAUCCGAAUAUCAUACGUAUUUCUUACCUGCUAGAGUAGGAGAAAAGAUGGCUGAGACGCUAACAAAUGAUACGAAACCUUUACUUGCCAGUGAUGCUCUCAGAAUUGGUAUGUUUGAUAAAGUAAUGGGGAAAACAGUUGAAGAAUUUAAUCAGCUAGUCUACGAGGAAGCAGAAGUUGUAAAUGAAAUCUCAACCAGCAAAAGGUAUGCACUGGAUUCAAGUCUGCUAACUGUUCUUAAAGAACACAGACAAUACGAGUUGGAAAAAAUGAAAAAGAGUUUUGCAGAUGCAUUGUAUCACAAGGCUAGAAAGGAAUUUGUACUUCAUUGAAGCAAUAGGGAUGAGGAACACUGUAUCUUUGCAAAGCAUAAAGAAGGGGUGUAUUAACAAAUACAGUGUUUUGUUAUUUUCAAGUAUUUUUUUAAUUAUUUUUUAUUUGUUAACGUACUAGAGUUUUUAGCGCCAUAUUUUUAUAUUUUAAAGCUUAUGAGAAAGCUAAGUCAGAUUCAUGUGUUUGCAUAUUUGUCUUUUUAUAUAACAUUCAUUUUGUCACGUUGAAACGACGUUGAAACCUAUGCAAAGCUCGUAAAGCCACCUAUCGAAUAAUUUUAUAUUAUCAUUCACCCGUAAGCAAAUUGCUUUGGCGAUCUAUCUGUUUAAAGACGGGUUUUCCACUUCUUUUAUUCAAUGAAAUCAAUUUCAUGUCGAUUUUAAUCAUACAAAUCGUUCAAGCAUUAAGAUUGUUUUUUAACUUAUUACUAAAGUAUUUUAAAAUGUUUAAGACGGGAAUUUUGUAAACAUCGACAAACGCUUCUUUCAUAUCUGAAAAUAAAAAAUGAAUCAAUGCCACAUAA